UGUGAUAGUGUGUGCAUUGUGCAUGAUAAUUCAUUUGUCUUUAAACUCGACCUUUAACCUUAAAACAAUAAGGAUCCUCUGUAUUCUCCUUUGAAAAACAAAUUGUGACUUUAGAGUUUAAAGCAAGUACUUGAACUUCAACUCAGAUCAGAAAAACUAUGUACAGUUCAUUAGCCAUGCAGUUUCUGUAUCUGCAGACUACAGGUACUGCACAUAAAAAUGGCUUAAUGCAAAAAUUAAAGGUCAAUAAAGCUCCUAAAUUUGAGUUACAUAGAAGAAAAUCAACAAGCUUUCUUGUUCUAUCCAAUAAGGGCAUUGAGAGGCAGUCUAAGGGUGUGAUUCCCAGAAAACAGACCCAUUUAGAUCCUACCCUUCUAACAGAGGCCUAUAACAGCUGCAGAAAAAUCUGUGCUCAGAAUUCUACAAGCUAUUAUCUGGGAAGUUUGCUGUUGACUGAAGAAAGGAAGAAAGCAAUAUGGGCUAUAUAUGCUUGGACCCACAGGAUUGAUGAGCUAGUGGAUGGUCCAAAUUCCCGUCUCACGGACUCAGCUGUGUUGGAUAGCUGGGAAAAGAGGCUCGAGGAUAUCUUUGAUGGACGCCCUCAUGACAAAAUUGAUGCCGCUUUGGCUGACACUGUCCAACGAUUUCCCCUUGACAUCAAGCCGUUCAAAGACUUGAUGAAAGGAAUGAGAAUGGACACGUGGAAAAAACGCUAUGAGAACUAUGAAGAGCUUGAACUGUAUUGCUACUAUGUAUCAGGAACUGGUGGGUUAAUGACUAUUCCGAUAGCAGGAAUUUCACCAGAGUUUGCAAGUUCCACAGAAAGCGUUUAUAAAGCCGCUCUUUCCUUGGGUACUGCUUUCCAACUGACUAACAUCCUAAGAGAUGUAGAAGAAGAUGCUUUAAGGGGGAGAGUGUACCUUCCACAAGACGAGCUCAGAGAGUUUGGACUAACAGACAAGGACAUUUUCUCAAAGAAUGUCUCAGAGAAAUGGAGGGAAUUCACAAAGAAGCAGAUAGUUAGGGCAAGAUACUAUUAUGAUCUAGCAGAACAAGGUGUUUCUCAGCUAAACAGCGAAAGUAGGUGGCCGGUGUGGGCGUCAUUGAUGCUAUAUCGAGCAAUCUUGGACAGGAUAGAGAGAAACAAUUACGACAACUUAACAAAGCGAGCAAAAUUAGGGAAUGCUGAGAAACUUAUGUUGCUGCCAUUAGCUUAUGCGAAAGCCACAGGGUGGUAGUACCCAAGAACAGAACCAGUGCAUUAGUGCUAAUUAAACACUGAUUAUGUUGUUCAUAAGAAAAGUUUCAUGGUAAACUCUUUGAUCAUUGUAAUACUAAUUGAGUAAUUGCACAUAUGAUUAAGUUAAGACAGGAAGUAAUAGCAUUGUUGUAUUA